UCAUUGCUCACCCGUUGUAAUGGAACAUGGUAUAGCCUACGCCUUGCAGUGGUUUGUGUGGUGGCGGACUCAUUUUUCGCAUACCGGACUUGGAGAACAGUCUAUUCUGUUGAUUCGAGGGAAGCAUUGUUGGACCGAGUGUCCUCAGAUACUUUUGUUCGAACAUUUUCUAGUUUUUUCUGCCCAUUAUUGAACUCCUCGAAAUCUGAUGGCUGUUUACGCACUUCACUUCAAAGGCUGACUCCGGCGUAUGCGAAUGCGUUUUAUUGAGAGCUGUGCGAUAAAACGAUCAGCGACCGGAUUUGAAAGCCACACUAACACUAGGAGCAUCAUGAAAGACUGAUUGGCAACAAAAACUUUUCUCUGCGUAAACGUAUGUGAGGAGGCUGUUUAGCUAAUGAAUGUAAUCGUUGCCGCCCAGUUUAAAUCGGAAGUGGAGCUAUUUCCUUCAGGAAUAAGGUUGAAAAGUACAAUUUUCCAUGUGGAGGACAGGAACUUGAACGUGGAUUGACUCGGGAAAAAACAUUUGUGCACGUUCUACGCGCUGUGCUUCGUUUCAUCUAUCAGAUUCAUUGGAACCACGGGUGGAAAAAUGCGUUUUGUGAGCUCAUUGUUAUGUUGUAAACUUGAAGAAACCCGAGAGAAUACAACUCUGCUUCGUUUGUGGUUUUUCUUUGCUGUCCUUGUUUCAAAUUCAGCCUGUCCUGACAAAUGCGUCUGUUUCACAUCCACGGUCAAAUGUGUGAACCAGGGUUUAUUCGCGGUUCCACAAACAUUACCAGCAAACACUAAAACCCUGUUCAUUACUGGGAACAACAUUUCCCAUCUCACAGCUGGGUCUUUCCCUGUGACUCUUGAGCAGUUAACAGACUUGUAUCUCACAGGAAACCAGGUGGAGCUGGUGGACCACAAUGUAUUCAACAACUUGCCAAAUCUCAGGCUGCUAGACUUGAGUAACAACAGGAUUCUGAAUUUUAGUGCUCAAGCCUUUCCUGAUUACAACAAACUGCUGGACCUCAACCUCAGCAGGGCUUUUUACAACCAUACUUCCAUGGACGAGCUCUUCAGCCUGCUACGGAGUGGCGGAGCCCUUCAACUUACCAGCUUGGAUCUGUCUAACAAUGACCUGGUGGUCCUCCCUGAGGGCAUGUUCUCCCACCUCUCCAACCUCACCAUCCUCAACCUACAAAACAACUCUCUCAUCUUCAUCCGGAAUGGGACGCUGAGUGUUCCUCCGCUCCGUGAGCUAGACCUGAGGGACAAUGCCCUGAGGGAACUACCCAACACUACACUGAUGGACUUCAGCCUGAAGCCUGGGCUUCAGGUGCAUCUGGCAGGGAACCCUUGGCGCUGUGACUGCAAUAUCGAGGACCUUGUGGCCUGGCUGAAGAGCUCUGAGCAGGUCACAGACAAGCAGAAUAUGACCUGUUCUGACCCUGAGGUUCUGAGGCAGUUACCGUUGCUCCAGAUAGAACACUUGGAGUUGGAGUGUACCUUUUCAGGUGAAAUGAAAGGUGUGCUGGAGACCUCGUAUGUCUUCCUGGGCAUGGUGCUGGCCUUGAUCGGAGUGAUCUUUCUGCUGGUCCUCUACCUCAACAGGAAGGGGAUCAAGCGGUGGAUAUACAAUAUUCGGGACGCGUGCAGGGACCACAUGGAGGGUUACCAUUACAGGUAUGAGAUCAACUCGGACCCCAGGUUGGCCAACCUCGGCCUCAACUCAGACGUUUGAGAGGACUGCUAUGUAAGCCAGGGCCCCACAGUGACUGAGGCAUUAUGACUGGUCAAGAGCAACAUAUGCAUGAGCAUCUCUUUAGUUCCGGGGGGCUCCAGCCUGCAAC